AUGGCAGUUGUCCUCCCCUCGAACACAGAUACUCCUGUGGGAGGUACUUCGAAGUACUUCAACACCGAUGCACUCGUCGACGGCUCGGCACCUAAAGUCGCAAACAGUGCUGGCUUCUUCAAUGCCACUGUCGCAGCCAAUCAUGAUCAAGGUGCUGAAGAGCUUGCGCUAUUGAAAUACGUAUACAGCCGCCCGGAUCUAGAACAAAUACGCGGCAACCCAGAUGCGGUCUGCAACGCCAUUGACGACUUCGCUGCCACGAUCCCGCGGGGGUCGAUGACCAUUGGCUUAGAGAAACGCAAAUUCAUAACGAAACCUCUCACUACCGCUGAGCCAGCACCAACCCUGUUUCUCGAAUUUGGCUCCUAUGUUGGCUACUCUGCCAUCUGCCUUGCUAGUCGUGUUCGCUAUAUAUCAUUCGAAAAGAACCCCAUAAUCGCAGCCGUUACUGCCAGUCUUGCCGAUCUAGCAGUUUUACGAGACUUUGUCACCAUACAUGUUGUUUCAGCUUCGGGGUCGUUGGCACGCCUCGUCAAGGAGGGAACAGUGUCAGAAAGCACUGUUGACUUCAUGCUUCUGGAUAAUUGGAAAGACUUUUAUAUUGCCGAUUUGCAACUGUGCGAAAAGCUUUCCUUACUCAAAUCUGACUCUGUUGUUUUAGUUGAUAACAUCAUCUUCCUGGGUGCCCCGGAGUAUCUAGCAUAUGUCCAGGUGGGUAAGGCGGAGGCCUCACCAGAUGGAUUUAGCUAUGCGACUGAGACAGCAGAUUUCACCCUUCCUUUCGGUGGCCCUGUAAGUAACAUAUUCCUAAAGUUAUACCGCUAUUUAGCGAUCUUGCAUCAUUAA